UUCCAAAAUUGGAGGAGAAGCCCUGAUAAGGCAAGAAGAGGCAAAUAUUACUCACCUGGAAAAGCAAGCAGAAGAGUUUCUCAAUGCAGUGUUUUACCGAAAAGACAGUUUUAGGGUCUUUGACCCAAGCAUUCCGUUAGUUGCUCGGGAGAUCAUGCAGCGUAUGAUCCGUCAGUUUGCUGCUGAAUAUACCUCAAAAAGUAGCUGUACUCAGGACCGCAACCAACUGAAGAGCACAAAGGACCAAAGCCUGUCAAAAGGAUAUCAGCUACUCACCACUGUUUGUACCACUACCCCCACUGCAUUCGCCUCCCAAAAUCCUGUGCUCAGUAAACUUCUGAUGGCUGACCAAGACACUCCAUUGGAUCUCACAGUCAAAAAAUCUCAGUCGGAGUUAAGUGAACAAGAUGGAGUGCUAGAUCUGUCCACCAAGAAGAGUCCAGACACUAGUCCUUCAACAUUGUCACAUUCACCUGCACAAUCUUCGGGUGAGGGCAGGGGCCAGCGAUCUGGGAGAGCCAGCCAGUACCAGCCAGAUGGACAGUCAGGAAGUGAAGUACCUCGAAGAUGCUUGCAGGAUGAAACCAGGGAAGGUUAUGGCCACUCCACACAUCUCAAGGUUCCAUUGGCUCGAUCGUUACACACACAUCAGGAAGUUUUCAGCAGAAGUCCUCCGCUUUCUUCAUCUACAAACCUGGAGUCAUCGGGUCUGCAGAACCGUGGACAGCACUUAAUAUUAUCCAGGGAGGCCCCUUGGGCCAAGCCACAUUAUGAAUUCAGUUUUAGCCGUAUGAAAUUCAGGGGAAAUGGUGCACUUACUAACAUCAACGACCUUCCUUUUAUUUCAGAAAACUCAAAUGUCUUUCAUAAACUAUCAACCCAAAUCAAGCAGGAUGGGAAAAAGGAUCUGGGCCAUUCCUCUCCUGUGGAUUUAAAGAUACCCCAAGUUCGAGGCAUGGACCAUUCAUGGGAGUCUCGCACCUCUGACCUUUUCAGCUACAAUUCUUUGGUGAUGGGUUCACAAACAGAGAGUGCACUUAGCAAGAAACUUAGAGCUAUCCUUCCAAAACAAAACAGAAGAAAUCUCCUUGAUGCCGGAUCAGAUUCUUGGGGCUCAGAUGCAGAACAGUCUACCUCUGUACAGCAGUACUCCACUUCAGACCAAGAAGGAGAUCCAAACUCAAAACAACCUAGAAAAAAGAGAGGGAGAUACAGGCAGUAUAACAGUGAAAUUCUUGAAGAAGCGAUUUCUGUGGUGAUGAGUGGGAAAAUGAGUGUUUCAAAAGCUCAAGGCAUUUAUGGCAUUCCCCAUAGUACACUGGAAUACAAAGUAAAAGAGAGGUUGGGCACACUCAAAAACCCUCCAAAGAAAAAAAUGAAAUUAAUGAGAGUAGAGGGGCAAGAUGUUUUAGCCAAAUGUGAAGAGGACCCACAGGGCAGAGCAGCACAUUGUUCAAAUAAUUCAAAAGAUGACUAGGGACUUUUUUUUUGAGUGCCAAUUUCAGAUUUUUGAAACUGGGUGAGCACUGCUGCAAAGUUCAACCACUCCAUUAGUGCACUUAAAUUCCAUUUGCACCCACAGUCUCAUUUCUGGUGGUAGUUUGGUAAGUAAGGUAACAAUGUAA